GUUGCUGGAAUGUAAGAGCAUCACCAGACCAGGCUGCAGAGGUUGAAGCGACACGCCAGGGAAAGAGCCAGCAAAUCGUACGUAGCCAGUCAGCUGCUGAGCAGAGGGGAGAAAAAUAGCUCUCCUCGCUCUCGCUUCCUGCGAAGUACUAUUCUCUCAAGCAGAAGGAACAUCACUCCAUAGGAAAACAUGACGCAGGGAAAGCUCUCCGUGAAUAACAAGCCUGCAAACUCUGAAGGGCAGCAGGCAGAUGCAGACAAAAAGGACAACACAAACGUCACAUCAGCUCCUCCAACAUAUGAAGAGGCGACCUCAGCAGAAGGAUUGAAAUCAGGGGCAUUCCCUCCACCUCUGAACGUUCCUCUCCAUCCAGCUUGGGCAUAUGUGGAUCCCAGCUCCAGUCCCAACUAUGGCAGUGGAUUUUCGGGGGACACUGAGACACUCACAACUUUCAGCUGGGAUGACCGCAGUGUACGCAGGGUGUUCAUUAGGAAGGUUUACAGCAUCCUUUUGCUUCAGCUUCUUGUUACAGUUGCCAUUGUGGCCCUCUUCACCUUCUGUGAACCAGUCCGAACAUAUAUCCAAGCAAAUCCAGCCUGGUACUGGGCUUCCUAUGCCGUCUUCUUUAUUACCUACUUGAUCCUGGCUUGCUGCUCUGGACCCAGGAGGUACUUCCCAUGGAACCUGAUCCUCCUGAGCAUCUUUACUCUUUCCAUGGCCUAUCUGACUGGGAUGCUCUCCAGCUACUACAAUACCAAGUCAGUCCUUCUGUGCCUGGGGAUAACAGCACUGGUAUGCCUCUCUGUCACCUUAUUCAGUUUCCAGACCAAGUAUGAUUUCACCUCCUGCCAGGGUGUGCUGUUCGUAAUGCUGAUGGUGCUGUUUUUUAGUGGGAUCAUCCUGGCUAUUCUGCUUCCUUUCAAAUACGUGCCGUGGCUCCAGGCCAUUUAUGCUGUGCUGGGUGCGAUUGUAUUUACUAUGUUCCUGGCCUUUGACACACAGCUCCUGAUGGGAAACCGGCGCUAUGCUAUGAGUCCGGAGGAAUACAUCUUUGGGGCUCUCAACAUCUACCUAGACAUCAUCUACGUAUUCUCCUUUUUCCUGCAGAUCUUUGGGUCUAGCCGAGAGUGAGCUCGGCAAAGCUGCUAGGGCUUGUGUCUGAUUUAUUAUUAUUAAAAAAAGAAGAAGGAAUAUACACAUUGGAUGACACGACAAGAAAGAAAGGAGAGAGGAAAAAGUUAUACAACCUCUCUAGCCCUUUAGCAAGCUCCAUUCCAUCAGAUUGGCCCCCAUCCACCCACCGGCCUUGUUGAGCUCCUGGCAGGCUGUACAUAUAUACAUAUAGAUGCUGUUAAAACUUUUGUGACUCAAAAAGCAAACUGGGGUGUAAAUGUACUAGGCCUUCCCUUGCUCUGGCAACUGCCUUCAAGCUGUAAAUUGAACCUGGAGUUGCAGGACCAGAAUGGGCACUAGAGUGGAGGGGAGGGGGAUAAUUGAGUGUGUGUGUGUGUGGUUUCAAUUGCUGAAGCAAAGCAAUUGGGAAUUCAGAAAUGAUCUUAAUCAAGGUUGUCACAAAUGUUUGUGAAAAUCUACAGAAUGGCUGAUUUACUUACUUACUUACUGGUGUUCUUCAUGACAGUUGUUGUGCAAGCCUCAAAUUCAAGUCCUGGCACACAUUUAGGGCCCUUCUGUGCAUUUGCUUUCUAGACACUAGAUGCUUUCCCUCUAAGGCUUACAAGGUCCAUCUCGCUUAGCUUCAUUGGAAGAACUUAUUCACAUGUCCUCAUGCUCACUAGGAUGUUUUGGGGCGGGGUCCAGACUCUGAUCCCGUUCUGCUUGGCUUUGAGUUUUAAUUUGCUGAUUUGAAGUUGCAGGGUUCAAUUUCCGUUCUUUUGCCCAUUUUUGUUUGUUUGUUUCAGCACUAUUUCCAGCAUAGCAAGGGGAGCAGGGGAGGGCAAACAAUCCAGAAUAAAUGGUCAUUGUGUUCCUGCUCAGUCAGUGAUGACAUUUCUAGUCCCGGCCACUAACAAGAGCAAACAUCCUUAGAUCUGGGAUAAUACUUUUUGCCGCCACUUUAAUGCUGCGCUCCCAUGCACCAAUUUCUUCACCUGUCUCUCCAUCCCUUUCUUGGGAUGUGCAUGGCAUUUAGACUUCUUCCCAUGAGUGAAUCAGGGCUUGAAAAGAGACGAGGCAGAGAGAGGGAGGGAGGGAGUGAAAGAGGAAUGCUUUCUGCUUUCAUAUGUCUAGCUAAGCAAGUCUUUUCAGAUUUAGAGAGGAUGGCCAAGGCAUUUCUAACGGCCUAGCAUUUCUUUGCCAAUUGUUACAGACAGAAAGAUGGAGAGAAACACACUCAAGCACUGAGAAAUCCAUGUGUAGGAGAUUCCAGAAAUCCAGACAGGAGUCUAUCAUUCUCAUUUGUAUUCAGAUCACCUUUGCAUUAUGCCACUGCAUCUAUUUAGAAAUAUUGGGUGCAUGAAUGGAGGCCCUGUGUCUCCUCUGAAUCUCUUAUAUAGAUAGAUCCUUGCAAGUGAAGACAUUCCAGCCUCUUAGCUAGAUCCCUUCACCAUCUCAGCUAGAAUAGCUGCCUAAAUUAAGCCUAAAUUCCUAAUUGGAGUUUGAGGCCAUCCCACUGCUGCCAGAAGUAGAUGGGUCAUAAGAAGAGUGCUGAGGUUGGGGUAAAGGGUUCAAGGAUGAAAAAGCUUCAGCACUACUGGACGAAAAAUGUGAAUAAAUUCUAAAAUCCCAAAUUGACCAGAUUGUGUAUGUGUGAAGGCAAUGAGCUCAUAUCUGUGAAACCAAUGGUGCAUUUCUGCAUCAGAUGAUAACAUACAAUCACCCUGUGUGUGCCCUGCAUUCUUUGCAUAUAUAUAAAACUGCUGGCACAACCAUGGCGUAGGUAUUUGCACUUUGUUCACCUGUGGAUCUAACAAACUUUUACAUUAUUAUUUGUGCAUUCAUGGCAUUCCUCCCCUGAACUCAGUGGCACAUGGGAUAUAUUAGAGUGAUCUUCUGAAAUCUGGCACCCUAUCGGUCCCAGCCAUCUAGAUUGGAUGUGCUCUCUGGGGCUGGUGGGAGUAGUGGUCAAAACAUCUGGAGGGCACCACAUUGGGGAAGGUUUGGUAAGACUGAAAUGACAACCAUUUACUCAGGGUCACCCAGGGAGUUUCACAGUUGAUAGAGAACCAAAACCCAGGUCUUCAUGGUCCCACACUCUGUCCACUACCCCAGACUGGAUCUGUAGAUAGUGAUGCUAUGCCAUAUGAUGCUUUGUGUAUUUAUCUCUUUAUUGGUUUGUGGUGCUGUUAUAAUUAUGUUGGUUCCUAGAAACACAGAGCACCUUACAUCCAGCUCCCAGCCAGUCUACCAUCCAGCCAAUCAACAAGCUGAGACCUGCUUGGAUUUACAGCGUAACAGCAUCCUAUGUCAUCAGAUGAUUCAGUUAUUA